GUAAGACGAACGCUGAUUGGUCAAGAACUCACAUUUCCUUGUCAAGGAUGUAUAAAAUAGCAGAGCUCCACAUUUGACUUCAGACUUCAUGUGCUUCCAAUACAACUCAGCUAAAAUGAAGGUAGUGCUGGUCAUUUCCGCCCUGCUGGUGGUGGUUCUUGGACAAGAGGAAAUCUUAAACGCCCCAGGAAUCAUAGAGCCUGACAUACAACAAUGCGAGAAAGAACUAUAUAGAUACCAAACGUGGGAUGAUGGGAUUAUGUUCCCCUUGGGCGUAGUUGCUCACAUUCAUAAAUACUACAAAAAAGAAAUCGACAGAUCAUUCACCAUGGAUAAGCAUCAGCUUCUCCUUCAAAAGAUGGACAACUAUUCCAACUACCAAAAUUUCGUUCCGGACUUUAGAGGAGAAGGAGGUUUCGAAGACUGCAAAGACUUGUGUCCAUCAAUAAGCGUCAAUGUGGGUGCUGUGGCGGUUAAUAACGUCACUUACGGCAUAAAUGGCGAACCUGAAUUUGGAAUCUGUCUCGUUGUCUAUCCCGAGUUCCAAAACUUCCGAUACCAAUCAUGCGAGACUCAGCUUGCUUUAAACGUUCCUUGGACAAAUGACUUUCAAAUGAAAUAUGCUUGCGUCCCUGAUGGAUUCAUCAAAAGGAAACUGAUUGUCUAUUGUCCCACUGCCCCGAUGGGACAGUGUCGGGAAGUAGAGGUCUCUGUCCCUAUGGCGUGCAGUCCAAAGUUAGCUAAAUGUACAUUCACUGAUGCAUAUGUUAAAAGGAGGAACAAUGAAAUAGCACUGAAGGCGAGAGCAAACGCGAAAAAAGGAAACAAGUUCUUCUCAAAGUUUUUGAGAAUAUAGAAACAGAUGUAUGAUUAUCACAAGAUUGAAGAACUGGUUUUAAAACUACCAACAAUAUCCUUGAUGCUAUUUAAAUGUGUAUAUAGUAUUGCCGUAUGAGUGUUAAUAAGUUAAUAAGUACAAAUUAGCAUUGUAUAUACCAUCAGAUAUAUCAUCUGUUACUUUUUUGCAUAUUCAAUAUAAUCUGUUUAUGUAAUAUUAUCAACUCUGGUGUUUAUUUACUGUGUGUUGACAUUUCUGUAAUUAUGUGUUUACUUGUGAUCGAUAUUUGUGAUUUAAAUGUGACUUGUGUUUUUACCUACCCAACGACGUGAUAUCCGACAGUGGAAAGUGCAAUAAAAUGUUUCCUGAUA